AUGGACCAAAAAGCUAGAUAUGGGCCUUUGUAUUUUGAUCUCAAUAACGGAGCUAAGAUUCCAUCUGUUGGUCUCGGAACAUGGAAAGCUCCUUCAGGUGUUGUACGUGAAGCUGUCGUUGCCGCAGUCAAGGCUGGUUACAGGCAUAUCGACUGUGCUAGUGUGUAUGCCAAUGAGAAAGAGGUAGGCAUGGCUCUGAAGGAACUAUUUUCCUCCGGGGUAGUGCAGCGUAGUGAGAUGUUUAUCACAUCUAAGCUUUGGUGUUGUGACCAUGCUCCAGAAGACGUCUCAAAGGCUUUGGGCAAGAGUUUGGAAGAUCUGCAACUUGAAUUCAUUGAUCUGUAUCUUGUACACUGGCCACUUAGGACAAAGGCAGGCUCACGGGGGGUCUCCCCUGAAAUUAUGGCUCCCUUAUGUCUUCCAGAGACAUGGAAUGCAAUGGAGGGUCUUCACGCAUCCGGCCAGGCACGUGCGAUUGGAGUGAGCAACUUCUCAACGAAGAAGCUGCAGGAGUUGCUCAAAUAUGCAAAAGUUCCACCUGCAGUUAAUCAGGUGGAAUGCCACCCUGUCUGGCAGCAACCUGCGCUUCACAGUUUGUGCAAAUCAACCGGUGUUCAUCUCUCAGCCUAUUCUCCGCUGGGAUCUCCAGGGUCAUGGAUAAAAGGGGAAGUCUUGAAGGAACCAAUACUGAUUGAAAUAGCUGAAAAGCUUAACAAGUCACCGGCACAAGUAGCCCUGCGCUGGGGUAUCCAGAGCGGCCACAGUGUCCUCCCAAAGAGUGUAAAUGAAUCUAGGAUCAAGGAGAAUUUGAUGUUAUUCGACUGGUUCAUUCCUCCAGAGCUCUUCUCAAAACUAUCAGGAAUCCUCCAGCAAAGGCUCCUCCGAGGGGAUAUGGCAAUCCAUGAGACCUUAAGUCCUUACAAAAGCCUACAAGAACUGUGGGAUGGUGAAAUAUGA